AUGCAUUCUGUCUCGUGUUAUAAGACACCCCUGAAAGUAAGGACAACUUGUGGCAACCAAUGCAGUGUCGAACACUUCUUUCCCAGGCCUGUUCACUGCAGCAUCAAAGGAGGGAAGCAGUUCUGCAGGAAGACAAACCCCGGCGGCGACGACGCGGAGGUGUUCCGCAACCGCAAGGGAGUGUUCUCAAUCAACGUCCAGGCUGUCACCGGCCCCCAGCUGCAAUUUUACGAUGUGGUUGUGAGCUGGCCCGGGUCGGUACACGACAGCCGGAUAUUUGACAACUCCCGUGUGCGGGUGCUGUACGAGGAACGCCGGGUACCAGGGGUGCUGCUUGGGGACAUGGGCUACGCCUGCUUCUUCUUCCUGAUGACCCCCCUGGCAGAUCCCGGUCCAGCUAACACACCACGAGGCAGGUACCAGAAGGCCCACAUCAAGACGAGAAACUCUGUCGAAAGGGCCUUUGGCAUCUGGAAGCGGCGCUUCCCCUGCCUCGACAUGAGGCUGCAGCACAAGCCACGUCGGGCCGUGCAGAUCAUCACAGCCUGCGCUGCACUCCACAACCUGGCCUGCCUGAGAAAGGACCCACAGCCUCCACCUCCCCCAGCUCCGCCAGUUGUGCCCAGGGCACGGAGACCCAGGAGGAGGGCCACACGGCCAGUCCACCUGCCACCCGCCGUGGACACCGUGGAGGACUCCCUCACGGGCAUACAGAAACGGGAGCAAAUCAUCGAAAGAAGCUUCAAGUAG